AGAUAUUUUCAGGAGAUUGGGUGUAGUGUCACAGAGCACCUGCAUCACUAGCUAGAGAAUUGUCCAUCAACCUGAUACAGGAGGUGCAUGUCCACACACAACUCCAGGUUGGAUCCUGUUAAGCCUACCUGUCUCCAGUAGCCCAGGAUCUUUGGCAGGUCCUGUUUCAGUGCCCAGGAAGAACUCACUGAGAAACACUGUGACUUUGGAGGACUGCCAGUACAUGUUGGGUUGUGACAAGUAUAAUUAUCUUGCCUCUAUGUAAUGGUGUUAGAAUCAGCCUGAUCUGCGCAACUACCUCCACUUUUCCAGACAGACUUUCCGGACAGGGCACUGGCACAAGAAAGACUGGACCUUGGACGCAGAAGCGCUGUACGGGGGUGUUGUAGUGCCAAUGGCUCGCCUGUUCCCUUGCACUCACUUUGUCCUACUGUUACUGCUGCAGCUAAGGUCCCCAUCUGCAGGUGCACUAGAGAUGAUAGAUGGCGCACAUCGACUCACCUGCGACCAGGGCCUGACUGACUGCAGUGUAAAAGAUGUUGCCUUUCCUGGCAUGAUGGGUCCUGUGAAAGUUAGCCGGCUGGAGCUCAGCGUGUUUCUGUGUUGCACCAACGGCCAAUACUGCAAACCCUGCCUGCGAAUCACGGUCUACUUCACAAUCAAAGAUAUACACGAGGACCAGGAAGUGUCUGGUGACUACAGUGACGAACAUGACAGCUCUAACCAGAAGGAAUUAAGAGAAGAGAGUCUCCUAGGAAUGCCACGCAGCACAACAGCAGCUUCUGUAACUGUGUGUUACAGCUACCCAAACAUUUUGAAUCGCUACAAAGAAGUGACAUUUACAUUGAUCCAUUCAGCUCUGGGGGACCAGCACCCUCCUGAGCUGUGGCUGUCCAUAUUGUUGGAGCCAGAGCCAGGACAAUAUGGAAGUCCAGUCAACGUCCAGGCAUUACAUACCUCCGUCACCACCACUAUCCCCUCCUUAGAAGAUGUUUGUUCCCCUGACCUAGAUAGUGUUGUGAAAGAAUGUGAUGUGCCCAAGCUCAGAGCUGUGAUUGAUAAGAAGAGAGGUGUGGCUGUGCUCCAACUGGACAGUUCUAACAAGACACGGACCAGUGAGAUGGGCAUGUGCCAGAUGUUCGGGACUGGAGAACCUUGCAGAUACCAGAAGUGGAGCCAGAAAGAGAUGAGCAUUCCUUUGAGGUCUAUAGCGCCCUGUCUGUGCUUUCAGGUUUGGUGGAAGGGACAUAAUCUACGCAGAGAGAUCUGCCCAUUCAUGAACAACAAAGAGCUUUUCAGAAGAAUGUGGGACAACAACGUGUCCUUGUCAGUGGAGGAGGCUCAGACGAAGGUGGGGAACGGCACAGUGCUGAGUUGGAACGUGACUGCCCCCUGUCGCCUGGAGGGGGAACUGUGGCUGUGUAGAAGGGGCUCAGCGGGGGGGCAUUGCGAGGAGUUGAAGGGCUCCAGGCAGAGGAUGCACAAGGACACACAUGCCGGGUGGACGCCCACUCUCCACGGACACUGGAAAAGAGGAGAGUUCAUCAAUGUGAACCCUCAUCCUGCUCUGUGUGUCCAGAUGAAAUUACAGGGGAUGGAUACAAAGCUGGAUCCCGUGUGUCCAUUUGCAACACCACGGAACCGAUGGCUCCUGACUCUCCUGAUAGGGCUGCUACUAAUCUGUUUGGCAAUACUUGGGGCCUACGUCAUACAUGGUGCUCUCAAAGGAUACGUGUGGAGAUGGUUGAAAGAUGAGGACAUAAAAGGUGCAGUAGGAGGUGGCCACAUUGUGUUGCUGUACCCUCCUGACAAUGAUCAGGCUGUGCUGGGUCUGGUGUGUCGUCUGGGCUUGUCCCUCUCCUCUCUGGGCUUCAGUGUAUCUCUAGACCUGUGGAGCCAGGCCGAGCUCAGUGUCCUGGGACCAGUUCCAUGGCUCCACUCCCGGCUUGAUCGCCUGCAGAGACAGGGGGGGAAAGUGGUGCUGGUGCUGACCCAGGCAGCCUGGGAGAGGGCUGAGGAGUGGGGCAGUCGGGGCAGCCGGGGCUGGGAGAGGGAUACUCUCUGGGGGAGGGGGUGUGACGAGGAUGGGGAGUCAGGGAUGGGGUGUCGUUCUCCGUAUUCGGAUGUCUUCAGUGCCUCGCUCAGCUGCAUUCUAGCGGACUACUUGCAGGGCCGCGCCGGCGAACGCUUCACCCUUGUGCAGUUUGAGUGUCUGCCUCCUGGCGGCUGCCGCCCCCUACCUGAGCUCUUCAGGGGGCUGCCGCUCUUCAGCCUCCCCUCCCAGAGCCUGGGCUUCCUGACUGAACUGGCUUUGGGGCGAGGUAGGGGGGCAGCAUCAGGGCGACGAAAGCGGGCAGGGGGGCUCAGGGCAGCCUCACGGGCACUGGCUGGGGGGCUGAGAGGGUUUGCGGGUUCGGCAAUGUUACGGCUGGCCGGGCUGCCCCAGGACUGUGUUGGUGCAGGGGUUGAGGACCCCUGGGAGUCUGUGCCGCUGCAGCCAUGUCUCACCACCUCACCGUCCAGCCCUGACACCUUCCCAAGACCAGCGGGAUGGACUGGGUCUAAGAGGGCAGGAGAGGCUGAGGAGGAACCAGGGGCCUGUUCCGCAGGAUACUAACUGUGGCACUGACAUACUAUAAUCCGAUACUGGACAUUAGGGUUUCAGGAGAUGGUAGUUUGAAACUGUGUCUCAUGUACCUUUGGAACUACUGUCCAAAGUAGAGCAUGACCUGUUAAUAUUGUAAAUGAUUAACUUUUCUGGUCCUGAAAAACUACUGUCAACUCCAGUUUAGAGAUUGCUCAGUUUGGCUGGGCGGCCAGCUCUAGAGAGAUUCUGGAUGGCUCCAAAGUUCUUCCAUUUAUGGUUCCAAAGUUCUGUCCUAUGUACAGUGCCUUCAGAAAGUAUUCAGACCCCUUGAAUGUGUCCACCUUUUGUAACGUUACAAUUCAAAUCUAAAAUGAAUUAAAUAAAAACAAUUCCUCAACAAUCUACAAACAAUACCACAUAAUGACGAAGCUAAAAACAGGUUUUUAGAAAUGUUUGCAAAUAAAAUAAAUACAAAUAAAAAACAUACAAAAGUAUUCAGACCCUUUGCUGUGAGACUCGAAAAGACACACCUGUCUAUACAAGGUUCCACAGUUGGCAAUGCAUGUCAAAGCAAAAACCAAUCCAUGAGGUCGAAGGAAUUGUCCGUAGAGACCCAAGAGAGCAUUCUGUUGUGGCACAGGUCUGGGGAAGAGUACCAAAAAUUCUGCAGCAUUGAAGGUCCCCAAGAACACAGUGGCCUCAUUAUUAAAUGGAAGAACUUUGGAAUCACCAAGAAUCUCUAGAGCUGGCCGCCCAGCCAAACUUAGCACUCGGGGGAGAAGGGCCUUGGUCAGGGAGGUGACCAAGAACCUAGUGGUCACUCUGACAUAGCUCUAGAGUUCCUCUGUGGCGAUGGGAGAACCUUCCAGAAGGACAGCCAUCUCUGCAGCACUCCACCAAUCAGGCCUUUAUGGUAUAGUGGCUAGAUGGAAGCCAUUCCUCAGUAAAAGGCACAUGACAGCCAGCUUGGAGUUUAGCAAAAGGCACCUAAAGACUCUCAGACCGUGAGAAACAAUAUUCACUGGUCUGAUAGAACCAAGAUUAAACUAUUUGGCCUGAAUUCCAGGCAUCACAUCUAGAGGAAAGCUGGCAACAUUGCUAUGGUGGUGGCAGCAUCAUGCUGUGGGGAUGUUUGUCAGUGGCAGGGACUGGGAGACUAGUCAGGAUCGAGGGAAAGAUGAACGGAGCAAAGUACAGAAAGAUCCUCAAUGAAAACCUGCUGCAGAGCGCUCAGGACCUUAGACUGGGGCAAAUGUUCACCUUCCAACAGGACAAUGACCUUAACCACAAAGCCAAAACAACGCAGGAGUGGCUUCGGGACAAGUCUCUGAAUGUCCUUGAGUGGCCCAGCCAGAGCCCGGACUUGAACCCGUUCGAACAUCUCUGGAGAAACCUGAAAAUAGCUGUGCAGCGACGCUCCCCUUCCAACCAGAGCUUGAGAGGAUCUGCAGAGAAGAAUGGGAGAACCUCCCCAAAUACAGUUGUGCCAAGCUUGUAGCUUCAUACCCAAUAAUGUCUAAAAAAUGUUUUUUGCUUUGUCAUUAUGCGUUAUUGUGUGUAGAAUAAUGUGUGUAGAUUGAUGAGGGAAAUAAAUAUUUCAUAAAUUUUA